CCUCGGGUCAAAGUUCCAGUGUAGCCGUACUUUCGAAAAGUGUUAUUGAAGUGAACAAAAACAAUAACUGACUAAGCGUCUAUAAUAAUAAUGUUAGCGAAAAGCUUGAGAAAUGCUGCUGUACAAGCCAGUGACCUGGCACAACAGCUGUAUCAGAAAAAUCCAAAAAUUACCUCUAAGGUCAGAUCUUUUGAUAUAGCAUCAAAGGUCUUGCGCCAAAAGUGGCAGAUUUGUCACUCUUAUUGUUGUGCACAGGGUUUGCACACUGCUCAGCAAACGAUUUCUAAGAGACAGUUUUUUACGACGGUAUGCAGCGGUGUUGCUCACAGCAAUAGCAGACGAAACCAUAUGUUUGAGUUGCCGUUGGAAUCACUUCAUGCAAAAGACAUUUACAAUGUGGCUGUCAGUGCCGUGGAACCCCAACAUAUGAUUCGGAAAGCAGUGCAGUAUGAUGCAGACAAAGCCAUCUUGACUGUACAGGAGAAGAAAUAUGAACUGAAUCAUAAUGUGUAUGUGGUUGGCUUUGGCAAGGCUGUUCUAGGCAUGGGUAGGGCAGUGGAAGAUAUAUUAGGUGAACACAUUGUGAAAGGCAUACUCAGCAUCCCCACAGGACAAAGAGAUAUUUUGAGACAGGAGAAAAAAUGGGAUCUCCUACUACAACCAAAUACAAAAAUCCUGGUGUUUGAAGGAGGCAAGAACAAUUUGCCAGAUGAAGAUUCCUUUAAAGCUUCAAGAGCUAUUGAAGAACUUGUUCGUGGAAGAAAAAAUACAGACCUGAUAAUUGUUCUCGUUUCUGGUGGUGGUUCCUUCUUGAUACCUUCUCCACGGCCCCCUAUUUCACUGGAGGAUUUGAUAGUCAUGACAAAAGAGCUAGAAAAUAAUGGUGCAUCUGCCAAAGAUAUCAACAUUGUGAGGAAAAAUGUUGAGUUUUUGAAAAGUGGGGGUCUUGUAACAGCUGCUCGCCCUGCAAAGCUUGUGUCUUUCAUCAUCUCUGAUAUCAUUGGUGAUCCUCUGGGAAUGAUUUCCUCUGGUCCCACUGUUUAUGAUCAAGUUACAAGCCACCAGUGUUUUGAGAUAUUUAACAGGCUGAAUGUAAUCAGCAAGAUACCACAAACAAUCCUUGCGCACCUGCAGCAGCAGGUUACCAAUGAGAUAACCAAAGCCAUGCUGAUGAAAAGAAAACCAUUGUCAAGCUCUUCAAUCAGCACAAAAGAUCUAGAAGACCCUCAAGUAUCAGAUGCUGCCCGGAUUCAAAAUGUUAUUGUGGGCAGUAACAGAAUUGCCUGUCAGGCUGCUGAGAGGCAUGCUCAGCAUCUGGGCUACCUGCCAUUUAUCCUUUCUACAGAACUCGAAGGAGAAGCAAGGAGGAUAGGUGCCAUGUUUGGAAAGUUAGGAAUCUAUACAUUAAUGUGCUUCAACCGCAGGCUGUGGAAUCGUGCUUAUUCCCCCUUUGUCCAUCUGGAGUUGGAAAUUGUCAAGGAAGGCAUAAAUAAGUCUCAGUUAAAUGCGAUUGCAAACCUUGUAGAGCGAGCUCAGAAUCUUGGGAAGAGCAUCGUCAUAAUAGCAGGAGGAGAGUCGGUUGUCAAUGUCGUCGGCACAGGAAAGGGAGGACAAAAUCAGGAGUUGGCGCUGGCUGCAGCUAUAGAGCUGCACAAAUCCUACAACCUCAUAGACCCACGCUCACAGGCUGACAUCACAUUGCUGAGUUCUGACACAGAUGGCGAGGAUGGACCCUGGUGCCAAGCAGCAGGUGCUGUCAUUGAUCAGAACUUUGUGAGGAAUGCAGAAGCAGAAGGUGCAUCUUGUUUGGAUUCUUUAGAAAACAAUGACUCUAACACUUUGCUGAGCAUGGUGAAUGGUGGUGCACACCUCGUUGUGACACACAUGACUGGAACAAAGGUCAUGGACAUUCAGGUUUUGAUCGUGUGCAAUCCUGCUCAUACAAAGUGACAGUUUUUUAAUUUCAUUGUUUGUGACAUGUACAAGCUGUCUUUUAUUGAACACUGAAAAAAUAAUUAUUUUAGAACAUAAACUGAUACUUUAAAAAAAUUGAGAAAAUUACAAAGUUGCUGUUUGAGUAGUUGGAUACAGUAAAUUGUAAAAAAAAAUGGAUAAAAUAUUAGAUUCUUAUAGCAUUAAAUUCUAGUUGUGACCUUCCAAUCAUUUUAUGGGACUUAAUUAAUAGCUUAUUCUGAACACGUGCUUAUGACGAUGUACUAGAAGAAUUUUGUGUUUAUUCAUAUAUUUUAUAUACUAACAAUGUUUAUUCAUAUUACUGUAUACACUAUCAACAUCUGAUAAUUCAUUUUCAUGUUACUUUAUAUACUGACACCAUUUUACAGUAUUUAUUGACAUUAAAUUACAUACUAACAGAAUCUCACAAUGUUUAUUGAUAUUAAUUCAUAUACAAUAUAUAUAACUUCAGAUAGGAACAUAGUCAAAGCCUCAGUUCAUCUGUACUGAAUGAGUUAAAGAAUUUCACAGUGCAUAUUGAAAUUACAGUACUAUGACAAUGACUUUAAACGAAUAUACUCAAAGAAUCUUGCAACAGUUUUUAUGUGAUAUUAGUCUGUGAAGUGUUGUGCAUGUUUGUAUACUUCAAGAACUAAAUGGUUCUGAAACUGACAACUAUGUGCAUCACAAUAAAUUAAAGACUUUGCUGUAUUGUCUUGAGUGUAAUAACAGAAAUGAGUAAGAUGUUUUUUCAUACAAUGUACUGCCAUUGUCAUGUGUAUGAUGACAACAAUAACAAUUGAUUGAGAUUAUGCACAUGCUCACAUACUUGUUCUAGCAGUUAAUGUUGUGCUUGUUUUUAUAAAAUGUUGGUAUACAGUUGUUAAAAUGUUAAUGGAUUGUAAAUUUUUCCGUAAGAUUUUUUUGUGUAAACUGUGAUUUAAAGAGUUUAUUUUGACUUCCACACAUUGCACAAAACUAAUGACUUCCGUAUAUAGAAUCAAAAUAUUGACAUAUCUAUUUUUAAAUUGAUAUAUAUAUAUAUAUAUAUACAGCUAUUUAUAUAUUUUUCAUUAUUUACAAAUGUUAGAGAUAUUUUAAGGCAAUCAAAGUAUGUGUGUGUACACUAAUGAAUGCUGUAUGUGUCAUAAGAUAUAGGCUUAGACCAUAUCUCUAGAAAUGCCAAAGAUAUUGACUAGUGUGAGAUAUAUUUGGUUUUGUGGCCCUCGUUGCUUAGCAAACAGAAUCAAUACUAUUUUGGAUAUCAUAGCCCUGACUAGUGUGAUAUAUAUUUGGUUUUGUGGCCUCGUUGCAUAGCAAACGGAAUCAAUACUAUUUUGGAUAUCAUAGCACUUUGAAAUGAUAAAUCUUUUAUUCUAUUGUCAAUAGUGUUUUUUAGUUUUGCUUGGAGUGAUAUUCUUGACUAAGAUAACUGGAUCAAUAAAAGUUUCUUUUCUAGA